UGCGUGUGCAAGAUCUCCAAAGACUGCUCGCUGCCUCGCUGGCACAUGAAAGACUUCUUCCACUCCUUUCUCAUCGUGUUCCGCGUGCUGUGCGGCGAGUGGAUCGAGACCAUGUGGGACUGCAUGGAAGUCGCCGGACAGCCGCUCUGCAUCCUCGUCUUCAUGCUCGUCAUGGUCAUCGGAAAUCUGGUGUUGCUGAACCUGUUCCUGGCGCUGCUCCUCAGCAGCUUCAGCUCUGACAAUCUGUCGGCGCCCGACGACGACGGCGAGAUGAACAACCUCCACAUCGCCAUCCACAGGAUUGGCCGAGGCCUGGCCUGGUGCCGCCGUCAGGUGGUGGAUUUCUUCAACGGGAACUUGAAGCGUCGACGGCAGAAGCGCAAAGAGGCCAAAACCAUGAUGAAGCUGAAGCGUCUGAGCAGCGUCCACGCCGAGGCCAACGGCGCCGUCAUAGGACGCCACGUGGAGAAGUACGUGGCGCCCGAGGAUGACAGCUACAUGACCAACCCCAACCUCACCAUCAGCGUGCCCAUCGCCCCCGGGGAGUCUGACGUGGAGUUCCCGGAGGAGGACGACGAAGACGAGGACGAAGAGGUGGACCAGGAGGACCAAAGCGACGACUCGCAGGGAGACGACGCGGAGCGGGACGAGAAAGACGACAUCAGCCUAUCGGAGGGCAGUACGGUGGACCUCAGGAAACCCGGAGAGGAGGAAGAUGAGUACUCGGAGAUGGCUGAAGAGGCCAUGGACCCCGAAAACUGUUUCCCUGACAUAUGCGUGUCCAGGUUCAAGUGCUGCGACGUGGACACGACGUCAGGCUUGGGCCAGGUGUGGUGGCGCAUGAGGAAGACUUGCUUUCACAUCGUGGAGCACAGCUGGUUCGAGUCCUUCAUCAUCUUCAUGAUCCUGCUCAGCUCGGGCGCGCUGGCCUUCGAGGACAUCUACAUCGAGCAGAGGAAGGUGGUGAAGGUGGUACUGGAGUACGCGGACAAGAUCUUCACGUACAUCUUCAUCCUGGAAAUGAUGCUCAAGUGGCUGGCAUACGGCUUCAAGAAGUACUUCACCAACUACUGGUGCUGGCUGGACUUCCUCAUCGUGGAUGUGUCGCUGGUGAGUCUGGUGGCCAACACGUUGGGUUAUUCUGACUUUGCCGCCAUCAAAUCCCUGCGGACGCUGCGGGCCCUUCGCCCCCUGCGAGCGCUCUCCCGGUUCGAAGGCAUGCGGGUGGUGGUGAACGCGCUGAUCGGCGCCAUCCCGUCCAUCAUGAACGUUCUGCUGGUGUGCCUGAUCUUCUGGCUCAUCUUCAGCAUCAUGGGCGUCAACCUGUUCGCCGGCAAGUUCGGCCGCUGCGUGAACCGGACGGGCCACAUCUACGACGCCGCCUUCAUCAACAACAAGUCGGCGUGCAAGGCCCUCAACGACACUUCGCUCUACUACUGGACCAAGGUCAAGGUCAACUUUGACAACGUGGGGGCCGGAUACCUGGCGCUGCUGCAGGUGGCGACCUUCAAAGGCUGGAUGGAGAUCAUGUACGCCGCCGUGGACUCGCGAGCCGUGGAGGAGCAGCCCAUCAAGGAGAUCAACCUGUACAUGUACCUCUACUUCGUCAUCUUCAUCAUCUUCGGCUCCUUCUUCACCCUGAACCUCUUCAUCGGCGUCAUCAUUGACAACUUCAACCAGCAGAAAAGGAAGUUAGGAGGCCAAGACAUCUUUAUGACGGAGGAGCAAAAGAAAUACUACAAUGCCAUGAAGAAGUUGGGCUCCAAGAAACCCCAGAAGCCCAUCCCCAGACCUCUGAACGACGUGCAGGGCUUCUUUUUCGACCUGGUGGCCAAGCAAGCGUUCGACAUCAUCAUCAUGGUGCUGAUCUUGCUCAACAUGAUCACCAUGAUGGUGGAGACGGACGAGCAGUCGCCCCAGAUGGAGCGCGUCCUCAACAACAUCAACGUGGCCUUCAUCGUGGUGUUCACCGCCGAGUGCAUGGUGAAGAUCGUGGCGCUGCGCUGCUACUUUUUCACCGUCGGCUGGAACAUCUUCGACUUCGUGGUCGUCAUCCUCUCCAUCGUCGGCAUCGUGCUGGCCGACAUCAUCGAGAAGUACUUUGUGUCGCCGACGCUGUUCCGCGUGAUCCGGCUGGCGCGCAUCGGCCGCAUCUUGCGGCUGAUCCGCGGCGCCAAGGGCAUCCGCACGCUGCUGUUCGCGCUGAUGAUGUCGCUGCCGGCCCUCUUCAACAUCGGCCUGCUGCUCUUCCUGGUCAUGUUCAUCUACGCCAUCUUCGGCAUGGCCAACUUCGCCUACGUCAAGCGGCAGGCGGGCAUCGACGACAUGUUCAACUUUGAGACCUUCGGCAACAGCAUGAUCUGCCUUUUCCAGAUCACCACCUCCGCCGGCUGGGACGGCCUGCUGAGCCCCAUCCUCAACAACUCGCCCGAGGAGUGCAACCCGCACGUGCCGCACACGGGCACCAGCCAGCGCGGCAACUGCGGCAACCCUUCAGUGGGCAUCACCUUCUUCGUCACCUACAUCAUCAUCUCCUUCCUCAUCGUGGUCAACAUGUACAUCGCCAUCAUCCUGGAGAACUUCAGCGUGGCCACCGAGGAGAGCACGGAGCCUCUGAGCGAGGACGACUUUGAGAUGUUCUACGAGGUCUGGGAGAAGUUCGACCCGGAGGCCACGCAGUUCAUCGAGUACGCCAAGCUGUCCGACUUCGCCGACUCCUUGUCGGAGCCGCUGCGCAUCGGGAAGCCCAACAAGAUCAAACUGAUCUCCAUGGACCUGCCCAUGGUCAGCGGCGACAAGAUCCACUGCCUGGACAUCCUCUUCGCCUUCACAAAGCGCGUUCUGGGCGAGUCGGGCGAGAUGGACGCCCUCAAGCAGCAGAUGGAGGAGAAGUUCAUGAUGGCCAACCCGUCCAAGAUCUCCUACGAGCCCAUCACCACCACGCUGCGGCGGAAGCAGGAGGACGUGUCGGCCGCCGUCAUCCAGCGUUGCUACCGGAGACAUCUCGUACGCCGCCAGAUGAAAGCCGCCUCUUACCUCUACCGCCGGAUCACCACGCCGCGACACGCGCCGGCCCGGGGCGACGAUGGAGGAGAAGUUCAUGAUGGCCAACCCGCGCCCGAGAAGGAAGGCCUGAUCGCCGCUAUGAUACGUGAGAACUACGGCUCCGGGUUGGUCGGAUUGGAGCGCUCCGAGGUGUCCUCCACCUCGUCGCCGCCGUCCUACGGCAGCGUAACGCGAGCCACCGCCGCGGCAUUUCCCCCCCAAGGCGGAGACGAGUGACGCGGGUGCGGUCCCGUAGGAGCAAGAAAACCAAAUGGAGGACUAUGUGGAAAAGUGAACGAUGCGGCUGCGUGGGGCGCCAUGGCUACUCGGGGGGGGGCACCCAAAAAGCAUGACGAUAUCAAUGUGGCGGGGCCCCAUAAAGGCUUGGAACAUCUUUACUCGCUUUCAUGUUACUUCCUGCCCCCUGCUGAUCGCCCGUCGAACUGCAGUAGCUUCUUCUCGGGCCCCCCAAACACUAUAUCACUCAUGUAUUUUAUCGGCCGGGAGCUGCGUUCACGACGUUAGCGACGUAAGCUGCGCGAGUGUUAGCUUGCGAGUGAAGAGACGCGAGCUCAGCUUAGCAAAGGUUUUGUUAGGAAAAAGUAGAACUUUGUUGACAGUCUUUUCAUAGCUGUACGAUUAUUACAACUAUUUUUUAUAUUUUUUAGCGUAACUUGACAAGGGAAAACAAAAAAGCUUUGCAGCUUUUCCUCAGUGGAACUAUGACACUUUCACAGAAGACGACAACAAUAAUCUUUUUUCUUUUUUUAAUGUUUUUCUUCACGGUCAUGACACGUUCACAAAAACUACCCUCAAACCUACAGCGUUUUUGCGAUCUGCAGACGGCGGGAUGCUAAGAUAUCACUCGCUCAGAAGGGAAAAGACGACGGUUGUCAAAUGUCG